AUAUCUAGUCAAAUAAAUUUAGGCCUUUCUUCUCCACAUCGAUUUAUGCGAUUAUGAUCAUCAAUCUCAUCCAAAAACAAUGAUCGGUCCUUCUUUCACCACCGUCGUCGAUACUGCUACUACUACUACUCCUCUUCUAGCCGUAUCAGCAGCAGGCGACAUUGUUGAAGGAGAUUCCGACUACAAAGGCCGCUCGGUGGUAGAAAGAUCAAAGUUCGGCGGUUGGAGAUCUGCAUCCUUUAUUAUAGGAGUUGAAGUUGCCGAGAGAUUUGCCUAUUACGGCGUAAGCUCCAACUUAAUUACCUACCUGACCGGUCCGCUAGGUCAGUCCACGGCCACUGCUGCAGCAAACGUCAAUGCAUGGUCAGGAGCUGCCAGUUUGUUACCGCUCCUUGGAGCCUUUGUAGCCGAUUCAUUUCUAGGUCGUUACCGUACUAUUAUCAUAUCUUCCUGUCUCUACACUCUGGCAAUUGGGCUAUUAUUCAUGUCUGUUGUUCUGCCAUUUGAUGGGGUUUUAGAAUGUGGUGGUGGUACUUUCUCGGAUUCUUGUUCACCUCCACUGGUUCAGGUUAUCCUCUUCUUCUUUGCACUAUACCUGGUAGCCAUUGCACAAGGAGGACAUAAGCCUUGUAUACAAGCUUUUGGAGCUGAUCAGUUUGAUGCACAAGAUCCUAAAGAAUGCAAAGCCAAAAGCUCAUUCUUCAACUGGUGGUAUUUUUGUAUGUGUGGAGGUUCUACUGUAUCCAUCAUGAUAAUGAACUAUAUACAAGAUAACCUCAGCUGGGGUCUUGGGUUUGGAAUCCCUUGUAUUGUCAUUAUCUUUGCACUUGUCAUAUUUUUGUUGGGCACAAAAACAUACAGAUUUGGAACCACAAGUGAUGAUGGAAUAAGAAGAAGCUCCUUUAGUAGAAUUAGUCUUGUAUUCAUCAAAGCAGCAAGGAACUGGCGGAUCAAAGAAGAAGAAGCUCCUGGAGUAGCGCUAGGUUCUCAACAAUUCAGAUUUAUCAACAAAGCCUUGUUACAUUCACAUGUAAAUUCAAACAAAGUUGACAACACUUGCACCAUAGAAGAAGUUGAAGAGGCAAAGGCAAUUCUAAGGCUUGUUCCAAUAUGGGGCUCAUGUCUUAUAUACGCCAUUGUAUUUGCACAAGUGACCACUCUUUUCACCAAACAAGGUGUCACCAUGGAUAGAUCAAUUACUCCAAGCUUUAACAUACCACCCGCCUCCCUUCAAUCCUUGACAAGCCUCUCCAUUGUCAUCUUCUUGCCCAUCUACGACCAGAUAUUCGUUCCAAAAACAAGAGCAAUUACCGGAAUACCCUCCGGCAUAACCAUGCUCCAAAGGAUUGGAUUUGGGAUCUUCUUAUCGAUCGUUUCCAUGUCAAUUGCUGCUAUAGUCGAGAGAAAGAGGCUCAUAACCGCUUUCCAUUGUGGGCUUAUAGAUAAACCAAAGGAAACCAUUCCAAUUAGCGUUUGGUGGUUAGUACCACAAUAUAUCUUGUUAGGCAUAUCGGAUGUGUUCACUAUAGUUGGUUUACAAGAGUUCUUUUAUGAUCAAGUGCCGCCUGAACUGAAGAGCGUCGGUCUUGCUAUCUAUCUUAGCAUUUUGGGAGUGGGGAACCUUUUGAGCGUUCUUCUUAUUUAUGUGAUCGAGACAAUUACUAAUAGAGAUGAUCGGGAUAGUUGGUUUUCGACCAAUUUGAACCGGGCUCAUUUGGAUUACUUUUAUUGGCUAUUGGUUGGGCUUAGCAUGUUCAUGUUUAUAGUAUAUUUGUACUUUGCUAGACGUUACAUUUACAAUCGACUAGGCAAGGGCACUAUUAUAUGAGGUACUUGUCUCUAUUGGUUCUUCCAUCCAAUGUAUAUUGUUUAGCAUGUCCAAUUAUUCACUUGUUUGUGUCUCCUGAACAGUUUGUAAAAAAUGAAAAACAAAUAUCAACUUUAUGAACUUAUUUGUCCCCUUCUA